AUGUCCGACCUUAUUCCUUAUAUAAUAUGGGAAAAGCAAGAAGGUUAUUUAUGUGCCCAACAUUGUAUUAAUUCCCUUCUUCAAGGUAAUUAUUUUAGUACUAUUUUCGUGGUCUUUCUAGGUAAAUUUCCUGAUUUAGGAUUUAUUCGUUCAACAGGAGAGUACUUUACAGCAGUCGAUUUGAGUGAAAUCGCUAAAAACUUGGAUCAGGCUGAACAGGCUGCCCUACAAGAGGGGAACGAACAGAUACCAACCGAAUUGUUAAGGGAAAAUGUAUCGACACAAAAGAGUCAAAACAUGGAUGAUUCUGAACUUGUACCAAUUGGUUCGGAAGAAGGCCGUGCUUCAAAGGAGAUUCCAGAGUAUUUAAAACAAAUGCUUGUUUUCCUAUCUAUUUGUAAUACGGCUGAUGAAUACGCUAUAUCACACCCAGAUCCUAUUGUACAACUUUCGAAGGGUCAAAAUUCUUAUGACAGUGACUUAGAUAUGGCAAUUGCGGCAAGUCUUAAAAGCGCUGAAACAACCGGCCGAGCAGAGAAUUUAAAUAACAUCCAUCACCAAGAUCUUAAUUCAAAAAGCACAGCUAAUGAACUGUCCAUUGAUGAUUUGCGCGCGAAAAGGCUAGCAAAAUUCGAACAUAAGAAGAAUGGUACUUGUGACUUUGACCUCAUACCGGUUGAAAAGUCCGUUCCAUAUAUUUCGAAAAAGAUUGGUUCAGGUGACUGGCUUGAAUUGGAGGAGAUUGAAUAUAUUGAUCCAAAGUUAAACGUUGCAAGGAAAUGGGAAGUGUGCCGAAGAAAAACGGAGUCUAAGCAUGACGUUGACGAAUCAAUCGAAGCAGCAGCGCUUCGUGAGCUUCGUGAAGAAACAGGCUAUACAG